AUGUGCGUCUACUUGAACUCCCUCGAUGAACAAGAACGAUUAGAACUAAACUCCUCACUGGAGCCCUACGACAUUCACCUACCAAAGGUGGUGCUUCCUUUAUUUCAUUAUCCAGCCUUGUUAAAGAAAUUUUCGUUCAUGGAUGUGGAGAUGAUGCUGUUUCUAAGAUGUUCUUCUGGCCUAAGGUCAUUCAAGCUCGACAAAUACUUAGGUCACUCCGACAUACCGGACUGCGACAGGAUUUUUGAUCUCGGCGCUCAAAAAUCUAGCUUGUCCAACAUUUCAAGCCUUGAAAUCGAUUACACAUUAACCCCCAUUAUGAAAAAUUCCACUCGCAUCCUAAAU